AUGAGGCGGGGACGUUUAACUGGCAUUGGCAGUGCGCCACGGCUUGAUGGUGCGACGGCCCGCCCACUGAAACUCAUGGCAUACCUCGCCUGCUGCUGCAAACGUGACGCUGGUGUUGUCGUUGCCGCUGUUGGCGCUGCUGCCAAGUCAGUGAUUGAAUUGCGUGGGCCACCCAAGUCCCAAGCUCAGGUCAAUGCUCGAGCAGCACUCAGCCGGCGACCGCGUUUCAAGCUUGUCAAGGCCCCAUCCUCCAUCACAUCCCACAUCAGCAUGGUCAGCGUCACCCCUCGGUACUCUGUUCGAGAGUGAGGCCUUCCUGCAUGGUGCAGCACGGAUGUGAUGUGCUGUAGUCAGCGGUGGCUUUGAAGUGAUGACGAGGCUCACGUGCAUCAUGGUAUGCACACGC